AGAGAUGCCAAGUCAAUGAAAUGGAACCUGCAACAAAACUAGGGAUACCAUAAUUUCCGGAAUAAACAGAGAUCGGACCACACACAAGUCAAAACUAGCUUUGCUCACUCCUUUACUCCUACAAACUUAUAAUCAUAAUUAAACCCUAAAAUUAAUUAACGUCAUUAAACAACUCUCUAAUCUAAUGUUACGCUCCAUAUUUAAUUGCAUUGCAUGUGACUACAGCUUCAAUCUGGCGAUCAUCGUGGCACUGAAGAGUAGCCCUCUUAAAUAUCAGAAACAAUAAAAUAUAAAACCUUAUAAUAAAAAAAAAACAAAACAUUUUAGCAUUCUCUUAUAUUAUUUACAUAGAAGCCAAAAAUUAAACACAAAGACUCAUACAAAAGAAUUUAGAGUAGAGAGAGAGAGAGAUAUAAUGAAACGUCAACCACCACGUACACGUCACUCACCACCGCAAUCUCACUCAUCUCCGUCGUCAUCGUCAUCGGAAUUCGAAUUCAACAUCUCAAUCUCGCCGCGAAAAGCUUCUUCUUCGCUUUGUCCUGCUGAUGAACUCUUCUACAAAGGCCAGCUUCUUCCUCUCCAGCUCUCUCCUCGUCUCUCUCUCGUCCGUACACUCUGUUCUUCUUCUUCCUCAGAGUACACUUCCUCUUCCUCCUCCUCCGCCGCAACCUCCGCCGCACGUGACUCCACUGAAUCUAACUCCUCCACUGAUUCCACCGCCUCUUUUCCUCUCCUCCACCCUCCUCCGCUUGAUUGUUGUGACUCUUCUCGUCCUAGCUCUGUAACUGACGAUGAAGAUUUCUUCUUUAAACCUCCAAAGAACAAAUCUUCAAGUAGUGGUUUCUCUCUCUCUAGAUUCUCCUCUGUUUUCAAGAAAGAUCCCAAAACCAAUCUCCACCACCACUCCUCCUCCUCCUCCUCCGCCGCAGCUCCGUCGUCGGUUAAGAGAAUGAGCUCAACAGCGAAAGAAGUUAUACGCAAAUACAUGAAAAAAGUCAAACCUUUAUACGACAAGUUAUCUCAAAAACAGAGCUCCACUAUAAAAACAGAGUCGUCAUUAUCUCUCAAAGAUUCCGGCAACAACAUACGUAAAACCACCACCACGACAACCACCGUCACAACCGCUCCAACCGUUGUCUCCUCCGGUAAUGGUUUAUCGAUCUCUUUCUCCGGAAACUUAAUGAAAUACACAAAACGAGGACGAUGCGCGGCGAGUUGUCCAUCGUCGAUGAGGUCAUCUCCGAAUCACUCCGGUGUACUGACACGUGGCGGUUUCCCGGGUCAUCAAGGAGCUAGCAGCAGUAACAACAACAGUGUGUCUUCUUCAAUGGAAGAGUUACAAAGUGCUAUUCAAGGAGCUAUUGCUCAUUGCAAGAACUCAAUGUUACAGAAGAAUUUGGUUAGUAGUCUCGAGAUCUAGCUUAUAUCUUUUGGUUCCAUUUUAUCGUUUUUUUUUUUUUUUGUCUUAAUUUUUCUAGUCAUUUUUAAAGUUUGAUCUACUCUUUUGUUUUAGUGUGAUUCAAACAUUCGAUUUAAUUAACGAUGAUGUUAUUGGUUGUUUUUA